AUGUCUUCCUUUGAGAAAUAUGAUCCUCUUGUCGGUAUACAUUUCUACGAUUUGCGUAAGAAACCAUUACCAAGUGAUUGGAUAUCUCCAAUAUAUAAUCUUUUAGACUAUUAUAAAGAUCAAUUUCCUAAUUUUGGGAAAAUAGAAGAUUCACUUCAAGCGUUGGAUGGCUCAUUCGAUGGAAUUCAAGAUAUAUUUCAUGAACUUGUUUUUGUAACUAGACCAAAUUUUGAAAUUCAAAAUCCUGAUUUUAACAAUGCAAAAACCAUAAAAUCUAUUAUCAGUUCAAUAUUUAUAAACGGGACUUACUGGGAAGAUGUUUCAAUACUUGUAUUUGGAACAAAAAUUCACGCAGAUGCUUGUAAAAAGUUCUGGGAAUCAUAUUUCCCUCGAAUUCAACAUUACGAAAUAAAUCCUUUAGUUGGCCCAGGAGCAAUGCUAAAUUACAUGAACAAAUUAACAGAAGAAAAAAUUGAAAAAUCAUUAAGUUCUGGCGAGAUUUCGCUAACAAAACAAUAUGAAUCAUACAAUCUGGCUAGGAAUGAGUUAAAUGCCAGAUCAUAUUUAGUACAUUUAGCUGCAUUUUUCAAUCGAUUAGAAAUCAUAAAAAUUUUUGAAAAGCAUGGUGCAGAUCCGAACAUGUUAGAUGAUUACAAAUGUAAUGCAUUAUCAUACGCCAUCAAUCAAGGAUAUUACCAAAUAAUUUUACAUUUUCUUUCAGAAAAAGUUGAAAUUACACUGAUAAACUUCAUAUUAAAGGUAUUUAGGAUGUAUGAUGGUGAUGAAGAUUUGCUUUAUUUGCUUCUGAGUUAUGUAAAUAUUGAUGAUUUUAAGAAACUCUUUAAAUCAUGCGACAAAAAGUAUAAAGACAUUGUAAACAGUGUUGAAGACAAGUUGUCAUUAUGCAAAUUAUAUAUCAAAACUCUUUUCGAGACGAAUUAUGAUGAAAAUCAAUUAAUACAAUUAAUACAUAAUGUAAUUGCUUUGGCAAAAGGAUUAAAUGAAAGUGAUGAAAUAACUGAAGAAAAAUUGAUUGAAUUUCAUAGAGAAAUUGGAAAAUAUUUGAAUUUUCUAAAUGAAUGCAAGGAUAGAUAUGGAUCAAACUCUAACACUGAUUUCCAGAAUAUGCAAAAUAAAAUCAAAAGUCUCCAAAAUUUCAUUGAAAAUAAUGAUUUAUCUUUUGUUCCGAAAUUGACAGAAGAUUGCGAUAUGAAUCCAAUUACACAUUCAGCUCUUAGCUUGGUUUAUCAAAAUAAAACUGAAGAAGCACUUCAAUUGAUUAAUGAAUGUGAAACUCAAAUGGAUUUACGUAUAAUAAUGUCAAAUCCUGUUGAAAUCAUGAAAAAGGAGUUGAUUAAUGAAGAAAAUACAAAUCUCAUGAAAAAUUUGUUCCAAAAAUUAUCUAAAUUCAUUAUUGAUGAAGAAAAAAGUCGUUUUGAUAGCUGUGUUGAUGAUUUUGCUGAAUCAUUAUGUUCAUACUCUCAUAAUACAAGACAAAUUGAAGUUUAUAAAGAUUUAUUACUCCUUAUUUCAACUCUUAGUCAAAAAGCAACUCAAAUGCGCUUUAGACUUCCAAACAUAUACAUGAAUGAUUUAAAUCUAGGUGAACUCUUCCAUAUUUGUGAGGAAAUUCGUGAUACUCAACAAUUCAUCAACGAAAUAAAAGAGAAAAGAUCGAUGUGCCACUUUUGCCAUAAAUAUACAUCAAGCACCGCAUGUCCUGAUUGCGGAAUGCCAUUAACAUGCUUAAAUUGCAUGCGCCAAGUCCAUGAAUGUAUAAAUUGCCAAAGACCACUCAAAGUUAAUGAUUUAGUAAUUGUCAAAAAGUUUAAAGAUUGUGGUGAUGACUAUCUUGAUGAAAAUGGACGUAGAAAAGAAAUUUCGAUAUGA